AUGAGCGACAGUGCGAUAGCCGCGGUGCAUGCUGUGCCUCAAAAAUUCUCUCGAUACCGCGGCGCGCGAGGACUGAUAACCGGAAACGUCGAAAUGGCUCCACCUGCGCCAGUGAAUAGUGCAAGCGAACCGAAUCCCUCAAUCGCGAGGAGCAGAUCUCGAUAUCGGCGCAAUCGACCACCGGCAAAUAGCAAUGGACUUCCCGCCUCUACAAUCCCUGCAAUACCCGGCCACGCCCAAACUCAAUCGGAGGUGCACCGAAAUGAACAUCGAGAAAAUGAGGGGGCAAUCGGCCUACCUUUGGCGGGACAAAAUGAGAAGGUAGCGCGCGCGCGUGAGGCACACCGACAAAAUGCGAUGAAACAAUUGACCGGACAAGAGCAAUUGACACAAGAACCACGACGGCCUCAGACAUCCGCUCCGCCAGCAUAUGACCCCCAACAGAAACCCCGAUCACAACCUGCCAAACCCUCGCGCAAUUCCCAAGGAAGUGACCGCAACCGCAAGACUUUCUUUCAGAAGGUCGGGCUAGCAAGAAGCAAAGAAAAUGCGAAGAAAGUCGAGCCUGCAAAUUACAUUGGGGUGGGCGGAACUGGCGUGGUUCCUGGACUCGAUGCUCCUGUCAGCGCGGUCAAUGCCGGGGAGCGACAUGCCCUAGUAAAAUACGGAGAUGCCACUGCGGAGCUUACCAUCACUCCAUCAACGCAAGUGCGCGAUCUGUUACUAGACGCGGCCAGGCAGAUCUCUCGAGACAUCGAUGCCGAGAAGUUCAUCCUCAUGGAGUCGUUCGCUCAAGUUGGUCUGGAGCGUCCGCUUCGUCGCUAUGAGCACAUCCGAGAAGUCAUGAACUCCUGGUCACACGAUGCCGACAAUCAGUUCAUCAUUAUUCCUCCUUCUAGCGUGGAAGCGCUAGCUCAGCUUGAUGCAAGACACGCGCCCAGCCAGCCGCCGUCCCCGGUCACUGUUCAUAUCUACCAUUCACAACGUCCUCGCAAGUGGGACAAGCGGUAUGUCACCUUGCGUGCUGACGGACAGGUGACGAUCUCGAAGAAGGAGAACGCAAAGGAGCAGACCAACAUUUGCCAUAUCUCUGAUUUUGACAUCUAUUUCCCCAGCGCUCGGGCGUUGAAUAAAGACAUCAAACCGCCCAAGAAGCUAUGUUUUGCGAUCAAAAGCCAGCAGAAAUCCUCAAUGUUUCUUUCGACGGAGAACUUCUUGCACUUUUUCUCAACCAGCGACAAGUCUAUUGCCGACACCUGGUACCGAUCAGUGCAAAAGUGGAGGAGCUGGUACCUUGUCAACAAGAGAGGCGCUGCCCAACCACUAGAGACUGAACCUGGCUUGAAGCGUUCAGGGACAAAGAAAUCGACCCGCCAGCCGAGAAGUGUCAAGGACGUUCCUCUUGUGGAACGGCAGGCUUCCGUUGAAUCUCCAAAGCGUCCAAGUUCUGCCCAACAGAGGCCAACAAGUUCCAAGGACAUCUUUGCGCGGAAGCGGACCCUUCGUGGACAUGCCCCCCCUCCGGCAUCGUAUCCCCACACUCUUACACUCGACACCGAUCUAGAUGGGCCAUUUACCGACAAGGCGGCAUUGGUUCCAGGCAGUUUACCCGAAGAUGGGGAUACAUCUACUUUUUCACCGACUGGACUGCUAGGUCGAACAUACACCCAGCGACAAACUGCUAUGCGAGAACGCGACGACAGAACUAAACAAGAAGCCUUCACGGGUGGUGGCCUCAUGAGCGGAGUAUCACCACAUUCCCCCAUCUGCGCACCGAGUCCCAACUCUCGAACCAAUACCAUGACUCGCGCUCCCGAUCCGUCUCUUUUCAACAGCACCCCAUCUCUCAACCAGAAGAACAAGCCUCUAGUCGAUCUCACUCCAGUCUACGCCGAGCCACCACAGCACAGCCGCAAAGGCAAGGGCCACGGCGUCAAAGUGCAACCCGGCAUGCAACUGAUCGACGCAGCCACCGGACCCGAGUUGACCCAAAACGCAAUUUCUAUCCCACCGGCAACUUCCUGGCGCCGCCCAGCCACAGACACCAUCCCACAGCGGCGCAACACCACUCGCAGCGUACGCAGCCAUAAAAAUGCCUACGCACCCUCUGUUUCCGAAGGCAGUCCGGCACCGCCAGCCACUCAGUUCACUCCUAACAGCCUGCUGGCGCAUUCGGCCAGUACGUCUAGUCAUCGCAAUCCGCGAACUGGACAUGGUAUCGCCACGGGUGACCGCAGUGCGACACGGCCGCUGCUGGAUAUGUCACCGGAGAAUCCGUUCGCAGAUGGCAGUUUGCUCCGGCAGCUGUAA